GUGGGUGGGUGCGAGUGGGGGGGUUCACGCGCGCCGCCGCCGCCGCCGCCAUGCGGGAGCGGAGGCCGGCGCCGGCCGCUCCGGCCCGGUGCAAGCUGGUGCUGGUGGGUGACGUGCAGUGCGGCAAGACGGCCAUGCUGCAGGUGCUGGCCAAGGAUUGUUACCCCGAGACGUACGUGCCCACCGUGUUUGAGAACUACACGGCGUGCCUGGCCAGCGAGGAGCAGCGGGUGGAACUGAGCCUCUGGGACACCUCCGGCUCUCCCUACUAUGACAACGUGAGGCCCCUGUGCUACAGCGACUCGGACGCCGUCCUGCUCUGCUUCGACGUCAGCCGCCCCGAGACCCUCGACAGUGCGGCCAAGAAGUGGAAGACGGAAAUUUUGGAUUAUUGCCCCAACACGCGGGUGCUGCUCAUCGGCUGCAAGACGGACCUGAGGACGGACCUGAGCACGCUGCUGGAGCUCUCGCACCAGAAACAGGCGCCCGUCUCCUACGAGCAGGGCUGCGCGGCCGCCCGGCAGCUGGGUGCCGAGGGGUACCUGGAGUGCUCGGCCUUCACGUCGGAGAAGAGCGUGCACAGCAUCUUCCGCAGCGCCUCGGGGCUCUGCCUGAGCCGAGCCCCCCGCCCGCCGCCCCGCAGCCCCCCCCGCAGCCUCUCCAAGCGCCUCCUGCACCUCCCCAGCCGCUCCGAGCUCAUCUCCUCCGCCUUCAAGAAGGAAAAAGCAAAAAGCUGCUCCGUCAUGUGAAGGGGGGAAAGGAAUGACCCCGCUAAAUACACACCACGAUCACCUUUGGGACCCCCCGCUCCGCUCCCGAAGCCCCCCGAAUGGGGUGGGGGGGCUGGAUGGGGUUCUGGAGUCUGGAGCUCCCCCCCCCCACUCAAAAGGAGGGUUUGGGGGUGCUGCUAUUGUCCCGCCAGCCCCACAGCCUUGGGGGCUGCCCCUGU